UAAGCUGGUUUGUGGCAAUAGUUAGAAGCUGAAUAUGAUUAUGUCUGCUCUUACAUCAUCACUUUACAAUGUAUAAAUUAAGCAAUGUUGAAACCAUAGUGUAACAACCUGAAAUAUAACAAAAUUAUUCUCUGAUUUUUCGACUAACAAUGGAUGUUCCCACAGUGCAGCCACAUUUUGUGUUGUUUCCUUUCAUGGCACAAGGUCAUACAAUCCCUAUGAUUGACAUUGCACGUCUAUUAGCACAGCGCGGAGUAAUAAUCACAAUCCUUACUACACAAUUGAAUGCCAAUAGAUUCAAGAAAGUGGUUGAUCGUGCAAUAGAGACAGGACUAAAGAUUCAGGUGGUUCACCUCUACUUUCCAAGCUUAGAGGCUGGACUACCUGAAGGGUGUGAAAAUUUCGACAUGCUUCCAUCCAUGGAUUUCGGGGUGAAAUUCUUCGAUGCUACGAAAAGACUUCAACCCCAAGUGGAAGAAAUGUUGCAACAACUGAAACCUUCACCAAAUUGCCUGAUAUCUGACAUGUGUUUGCCAUGGACAACUAAUGUCGCACACAAAUUUAACAUCCCUAGAAUAGUUUUCCAUGGGAUGUGUUGCUUCUCUUUAUUGUGCUUACACAAUUUGAGAAAUUGGGAGGAAUUAAAAAAGAUUGAGUCAGAUACAGAGUACUUUCAAGUGCCUGGAUUAUUUGACAAGAUUGAACUAAGCAAAACUCAGCUUGGGAAUGCUAUGAAGCCAAGAAAUGAAGAUUGGAAAGAAAUUUCUGAUCAAAUAAAGAAAGCAGAAGAAGAAGCUUAUGGGAUAGUGGUGAAUAGCUUUGAAGAUUUGGAACAAGAAUAUGUCAAGGGAUUGAUGAAUGCCAAAGGCAAAAAAAUUUGGACCAUUGGCCCUGUUUCACUCUGCAACAAAGAGAAACAGGACAAAGCUGAAAGAGGGGACAAGGCUGCAAUUGAUGAACACCAGUGCCUUAACUGGCUUGAUUCUUGGGAACAACACUCUGUGCUCUUUGUCUGUCUCGGGAGCCUAUCGCGCCUUUCCACGUCUCAGAUGGUUGAGCUGGCACUCGGGAUAGAAUCGUCGAGACGACCCUUCAUUUGGGUUGUUCGACACAUGUCAGAUGAGUUCAAAAAAUGGCUAGUGGAAGAAAAUUUUGAGGAAAGAGUUAAAGGACAAGGACUUUUAAUCCAUGGUUGGGCACCACAAGUACUAAUCUUAUCUCACCCUUCAAUUGGUGCAUUUUUAACGCACUGUGGAUGGAAUUCGAGCCUGGAAGGUAUAUCUGCUGGCGUGGUGAUGAUCACUUGGCCAAUGUUUGCUGAGCAGUUCUGCAAUGAGAAGCUAAUAGUGAAUGUACUCAAGACAGGAGUGAGGUCUGGAAUAGAGAAGCAAGUGAUGUUUGGGGAGGAAGAAAAAUUGGGAUCACAAGUGAGCAAAGAUGAUAUUAAGAUGGUCAUUGAAGAAGUAAUGGGUAAAGAAAUGGAAGCUGAAAUGAGAAGAAAAAGAGCUAAACAAUUAGGAGAAAAGGCAAGCAGGGCUGUGGAGGAAGAGGGUUCCUCUCACCUCAACUUGACACAAUUGAUUCAAGAUGUCACAGAUCAAGCAAUUUUUUUAAAAUGUAUGUAGGAUUACAAAGGUUGAUUUAGGAUAUUGUGCAACUACUGGUCGUUAGGGUGUAUUAGGAGAAAUAGUUCAAGUAUUAUGUAUGGUAUUAUCUAGUACUAUGUUUGGUAGGAAUUUUUAACCUAUGCAUAACUAAUACCUUUGCUUUUGAGGUAUUAGUAAUACAUAGGAUUUAAUACCAUGAAAUUAAUAUAUAUAAAAACAAAAAUAU